UCUUUUCUCAACUCUGGGAACUUCUUCCCCCUUCCAUUUUCAAAAAACCCUAGCUCUCAUCUCUGCAAUUUCCUCCGCCCCCUUCGCCUCUCUCCUUCCAGCAUCUUAGGGGUUUUGAUUUGGUGUUUCAGAUUUGACUGCGGAUAUCUCCAUUCUCCUCCGGCACCCCACACUUUGAUCUGCUCCCAUGAACCUCUCAUCUGUAUGUUUCGAUCAUAUCUUGAAGAUUGAGUUCGAUGUAGGAAGCGGUGAGCUUAAAGCCAAUGUCGAGGAGUGGAUCUGUACUGAAGCUCUAUAUACUUCCCCUUUGUCUUUCUCCAUUGAUUUUUUCCUUUGCGAUAUUAAUAAGGUUUAACAGAAGUAAGAAAGGGAAUGAAACCGGAGAAACUGCGAGCUCUUGAUUCGUCUUCGUGCAAGAUAAUCAGCUUCUGUGACGGAUAAUUAGGCUGGAAAUUUAGCUUUGGUGAGUAAUUAUGGGAAGCAGUGAUGACGUGAUGUCUCCUAAGUCAGAAAAAACAUCUCCACCUGCAACUGAGCACAAUGUCGUUCAUAUGUAUCCUGACUGGGCGGCCAUCCAGGCAUAUUAUGGCCCUAGAGUUGUUGUGCCACCAUAUUUCAACUCAGCUGUUGCACCUGAACACCCACCUCCCCCUUAUACGUGGGGACCUCCUCAGCCUAUGCCCUAUGGUACCGCCAUAUGGGGCACCUUAUGAUGCAAUUUACGCACCAGGAGGAGUUUAUGCGCACCAUGCAAUCCCUCUUGUUAUUCUUUUAUUUCAAAGGAUAGAAGGUGUAAAUGUUUGCCCUUUUCCAUGCAUGUCCAAGAGUUUGGAUCAUCUUGUAACCAGUAGAAUCAAAGAUGGGUCGAUACUUUUUAUCUUGAUAUUGUCAAGUAUUUUAGGCCUGACACAAAAGAGAUAAAAGAAGAAGCCCUUAAGUAUUGUUUAUCAUGAAUUUUUUUGGUAUACUUUCUACCCUAACUUUUUAGUCCAUAUUUAUUUGGAUUAUCAUAGUGGAGAUAAUUUCUCUAAUGUAUAGCAUUGUCUUCUUCUUUCUUAUUGGUUGGUGGGGUUUUU